UGAGUUUUUUGCCUGCAGAGCUCACAGUGAACAUGUCGACUGUAUGUGAAAUUACACAACAUUACUUUAACAUCAAGGAUUUUCAUGGUAGUAAUAACAAACCCCGAUUGGAGGCCCUCAAAACGUUUUGCUCAUUUUAGUCAAGAGUGAAAGGAGGUAUGACAUUUAGACGAGUAAUCAUCUGUGAACAUCACUGUCAACUUUGGUCGUCGGUCGUCACUCAUCCAUAUCUGACUUGACAAACACACACACACACACACACACACAAACUUGUACUUCCAUCUUUGUGAGGACGCUAAUUGACAUUAUGUUUUCCCAAGCUCCUGACCCUAACCUAAACUAUCCCAACUAAAUGCCUCCCCAAACGUUUGCCCUACCCAAAUUAUAUCCCAAACCAUACAACCCAACUUUAACCCCGGAUAAGCUCUGUGCUGAAAUGUAUCAGAAGGUGAGGACUGGCCAAAAUGUCCGCGCUUUCACAAGGUCCAAGUCAAACUGGUCCUCACAAAAAUACAAGUACACACACACACAUACUCACUCCUGCAACGUUAAAUAUUUGAUGUGGACUUUGCUGGAAGCACUUUGUCCCAGCCACUGGCCUAACAGUUAAGCAGCCUAGAUGCCUCUCUCUGGGGAGGUUGUAGAAUUGAGUCAAGGGUAUGAAUACAUUUGCUAAAGCUCCCAAAUGCCAGAGAAAAAAACGUCUCACCUCACAGUGGCCAUUAACAUUUUAAGCAAUUUGACUUAACUCCCUUUUUUUCCCAAUUGUCUUUUGUCUCUCCCUUCACUUCAUUAAAGACUGACAUGGUCACAAUACAAAUUAAUUGAACAGUUUAAAACCUCCACCAUGAAAUGCAUAUGAGAGCCACGAUGGGAGAGUUUUAGGUCUGAUGGAUACAGUGACAAAUUAUCACAAUAUAAAACAAAUGCUCAUCACUAUUAAUUGUUCAUGAGUGAAAAGCAAGAUGGUUAAUUUCACUAUGAUUUGUUUUCUGCUCUCUGUCGAAACCUCCACACUAAUUGUGACUAAGUAGUUUCAUAAUAUACCCGUUAAUAAGGAACUUAAUUUCAUCAUGCAGUAUAUUUAUUACUUGAAUUUAUUUAUAUCUGAACACUUCACCGUCACAGAAGUAACCAAAAUUCAUAAAGUUGCUACGUUACAUUAUUAAAAAUGUUAAUUCAGUUUCCCUCUGACCUGUAAGCAGCAGAUGAUACAGGAUGAAUAGUGUUGUUGUAUAUUUAUCUACUGGGGAGAAGGCAUUAGGCUUGUAGUUUCCCUCCAUUUAAAAUGCUUUCGGGAACUCACAUUUUAUCUGGCCGCACUGCUCAGCUGGAAGAGCCUGAGGAGAGUGAGGAACCGUUUGUGGCUCCCCCGGGGCUGGUUAUCCCUCCUGAUAUGGAACUGCCGGCAACCAUAAAGACCCAUAAUAUCGUCGAGCGGACGGCCAACUACGUGUCUAAGCAGGGCGCUCAGUUUGAGAUAGUGCUGAAAGCGAAGCAGUCCGGUAACUCCCAGUUUGACUUCCUCCGUUUCGACCAUUACCUGAACCCUUACUACAAGCACAUCUUGCGGGCCAUGAAGGAUGGGCGAUACAACAUGGUCAACAAGCAAGAGCAGCAGCAGGACUCAAACUCGGAUUCGGAUGAUGAUGGGGAUGGCAAUUACCUUCAUCCUAGCCUGUUUGCCCCGAAGAAGUGCUCUCGUCUGGAGGAGCUAGUGAAGCCUCUUAAAGUCAUGGACCCGGACCAUCCUCUGGCCGCACUUAUAAGAAAAACCCAGCAAGAAAGAAAUGGCACUGCAGCAGCAGCAGCAGCAGCAGCAGCAGUGGCAGCCACACCACUGCUGCCACCAGAGGAAGUAGCAGAAACGCCUGCUCCCACCACACAAGCGCACUACACAGCUGACCCAAUGUACUAUGGGUACUACAUGCUGCCUGAUGGAACGUUCUGCCUGGCCCCGCCACCCCCAGGGAUUGAUGCAACCGCCUACUAUAACAGUAUGCCGACAGCUGGAGUGACUGCUCCCCCCGCUGCUUCUGGGGCUGGGGCUCAGUUGGCGACAACACCCACCCCUCCUGAAACUGUCCCCGUGGCACCACCAGCUACAGCCUCCCCUCAGGUCACCAGCUCUGCUGCUCCAACAAGUGCAGCAGAAACCAGUUCUAAAGAAGAAGCUCCAGUGUCAGCACCAGCACCACAAGCCAUCAUCCCCCCACCACCUGACACCCAGCCAGUCAUAGACAAGCUGGCUGAGUAUGUUGCUAGAAACGGAGUAAAGUUUGAGGCCAGUGUCCGUGCCAAGAAUGACCCACGGUUUGACUUCCUGCAGUCUUGGAAUCAGUACAACAGCUAUUAUGAGUUUAAGAAGAAUUACUUCAUGCAGAGGGAAGGAAGAAGCACAGCAGAGACUGUGACAGUAGAUGAUGAAGAUGAUGAUAAGCUUCAGGCAGACAAGUUACUCAAGGACUCGAUGCUGAAUAAAGCCUCCUUUGCCCCCAUCUGUUUCGCCAUCAAGGCGAAGGAAAAUGAUUUGCUGCCGCUGGAGAAGAACAGAGUUCGACUGGACGACGACUCGGACGACGACAAGUUGCUGGAUGAUGCGGGACUGGAGGCCAUAAUAGGUGGAGCGGAGAUGACCGUCAAGGAGCCUCCUCCAAUCAGUGCAUCAGAGGAGAAGAAACCCCCGCUCAGUUUGGAAGAGUUGGAAGCAAAACAAGCCAAGCAGAAACUGGAGGAUCGUCUAGCAGCUGCAGCCAGAGAGAAGCUGGCCCAGGCGUCUAAGGAGUCCAAAGAGAAACAGCUACAGGCGGAGAGGAAGAGGAAGGCAGCGCUCUUCCUACAGACCCUCCGCGGCCCCUAUUCUGGAGAGCCCGAGGCCAAGAGAGCCGAGCUCGACUCAUCAACACAGCUUGAGAUGCAAGAAGCCCUUUCUGUUCUGUCUGACCUUGCGCUGCCUCAUCUUUCCUCCACACCACCUGCGUAUCUUCAGGAUCAAAAGCCUCCCACGGAGAUCCAUGGAUCCCAUCGCAGCAGGGAGGCGCCGACCUCCUCAUCCUCCCAUAGAGGAUCAGACCGAGAUAGAGAUAGAGAUAGAGACAGGGACAGUCACAGAGAUAGGGACAGUCACAGAGAUAGGGAAAGGGACAGAGAGAGGGAAAGGGAUCGGGACAGAGAGCGGGAAAGGGAUCGAGAUAGGAAUAGAGAUCGAGACAGGAACAAAGGCAGGGACAAAGAGAAAAAGAAGAAAAAACACAAGCGGAGGUCAAGGUCGAGGUCAAAGAACCGACACGCCCUCCCCACUGCCUACAGGAAAGGCCGCCGGUCCCGGUCCCGUUCACACUCCCCAGGGAGAAAAGAAAAGAAGGGCAGCUCAUCAGAGAGGAGACGUGAGGAGAAGGAGCGGGAACGCUAUCAUCCCAGCAGCAGCAGCUCCGGCGUACCCAGGGGGCAUUCGAAAUCCAGGUCCCCUUCUGAAAAGAAGAAGCGCUUCUUGUCGUCCUCGGGACAGAUGCAGGCUUUGGGUUCCUCUCUCUCUCCGUGUUCCUCACCCGGCAGAGUUUUAUCCCCAUCAGCUAGCCCCGCCUCCAGCCUGACCCACUCCAGGGAUGGUUCUCAGGAGAAAGACAAGACGGUGUCCUCAUCCAUAGUAUCCUCUGUUCAGUCCAAAAUAACUCAGGAUCUGAUGGCCAAAGUGAGAGCCAUGCUGGCCACCUCCAAGACCUUCCAAGCCCCCAACUCCUAAAGAGGACACGGCUUCUAAUUCGUCACGGCAACCUCGGCCAAUCAGCGAGCGGCGUUCUCCGGCUUCUUGGGAGACUAACGUGAUCUGGAUCUGUUUCCGCCCGUGUUCCUGGAUUCAUAAUUUAAUCUUGAUUUGAGCACCGACAGAUUCGGGUUUGGCUGUGUCUCAUGCGGCGUCGCGCGAGUGCAGCGAAGGAGCUCGUCCAGGUGAAACAUCUGGUUCAACAGCUGGGAGAUCACGUCGACAGCGCUUUGAGGGGAGGCUUAAAUAAUACUGAUGUUAUUUUGCAUCCCGUUUGAAGACGCGGUGCCUUCCUCCCACGUGCUGACAGCCAUUCUUUGCAGCAUUAGCUAAAGCUGCUGGAGGUCUGUACUCUCUCCUUCUAUGAAGGGCUGCGUUGUUUUGAUCAUUUCAUUUCCAUCCACCCUCAUCUGCUAUUCUCCGUUGCUGUCUCCCCUCUUAUUUUCCUCCCCCAGCUGUCGUCUCUCUCCAGCACCUCACCCGUCUCACUCCGAGAAGCUGUUUUAAAUUUUUAUUCUGCCCCUCAAACUGUCUAGUACGUGGCCUUCUAUUUUUGUUCCCGGUUUGUACUGUAAUGAAUUUAUUGCAGAGCUACUUUCUAAUGCGAACGGUAAAUAAAGUUUCAAACGUGAUUUACCCGUG